CGACUCGGAAACUCGUCACUAGUGCUCCUCGGGCGUGCCUCUAGACGGUAGGAUCCUAACCAUUUUACACAGCUUAUCGAUAGAAACCUACAAAAAUUCAGAGAUCUCCUCUAUGAAUUCAUCGACGACUUCCACCUUGAUGUUGAGCCAGAGGUAUUGAGACGAUGAACUAACCAAGGAAGCGCCAGAUCUGCUCACACUGAUUUCUAAGCACAUUCCGAAAGUCGACAGAACAACGACGUACUGUGUUUGAACUCGCUUUUGAUGGAUCUGUGACUCGGUUAUAAGAUCUCAGGUCUAUUUGUGGCCGAAUUUCAUAAAAAGACGUCGGAGAGGAAAGAAAUCGUUGGCUUGUGAUUUCUGUUUUGUUGAAACAGCUGGUGGAGCCCGAGCACCUCUUUAUUGUGCGGAAGUUGAUCCAACCAUCCGUUACAACAGUUAAACGAUAACAUGGGAAUUAUCAUCACGUGCUGUGGCGCGGCAAACAACGUAAGUAUAUCUCGUUUUCCGCAGUUUUGGAAAGCCGAUUGGUAUUUCCGUUACAGAGUAGAAAUGCUGCAAAACAAAACAUCUCUGUUUGUCAUUUCCAAUUUGUUACGUGGUGCGUUCUCUUCGCUUUAGUUGCUUUCGAGGCGCUCCAUGCGAUAAGAGCUACAAACGACAUGACCCCAAAUAACAAUUAGCACGGGAGAAAGUUAAUAGGUGAGCGACAGACUUUCUGAGAAUGCUGACUUAUCAGUGCAAACCACAUUCUCUCGGCUGUUACUAACGUGUCAUUAGCAUAUAAAUUAAUUCAGCAUGAUACCACAGGAAGUCCAAACUCUCUAUGACAGGCUAAUAUUAUAAGGCUUUUAAGGGAGGUUAGGCUCCGCUCUGUUCUCCGUAAAUAAUGAGGGAAGUAAACCUUGACCUUCAUGUGGUGUUGUUUAUGUUAUUUUUGUUCACUGAUGGCGAUUUCAGGCCAAUUUGUCGCUUUUUUAGCUGAGCAUUCUUCCCACGACUUCCUGUACUACGCAGGGGGAAAAGAAGGCUUCAUCAUACCAACGGACUGACCCACUCUCAAAAAUCGCUCGAUUCUCAGUCUAAAGCGCGUCUCCUUGCCUCCUUAUUCAGGAUUAUGAGAGCCCGAUAGUUUUCCUUCAAAUUUAUCGAAAAAUAUUCCAUAGUAGUCGUGCCGUCGUGGCAGAAUCCAGCGAGAGCGUUGUUUUCUUUCUACAGUCUCAUUGGCCGAAGCUAACAAUGGCUUUUUUAAAAAUAUUUCUGCAUGUUCAUUUGAAAUUCUCGCUGGAUUAAUUCAACGACAUAACUUAAGCGGCCUUAAAUCGCUACCAGUGGACAAAAAUAAAACAAACAACAAUUAUUUGCGUUUGUAGCAGGACAGUCCUUACGUGAAGCCCUUGCUUGAAGAAAAUUCCACACCCACUGCAACCAUUUCAACUAAACAGAACAGUCCUUACCCCCAGACGAGGGGGUUCUAUGAAGACUUGUCAGAUUUUAGUCUGGAGGAUGAAUGCCUUUUUCCGAGGUGUUUUUCAUCAGCAAUAAAGCGGACACCCGGCAGACCUAACACUCCACGAAAUGAGGUGAAAACUCGUUGCUUGCUACUUAGGGGUCGGUCAAUUAUUAUCACCGGUGGGGGGGGGGGAAGGGGGGAGAAUCGGAGGCUUUUGGUUAUUUCACGAUAAAAUUUACCUGAUUCCCCAUAAGGCUCUGUAAUGUUCUAACAAUUUCCCUUCCCCCCCCAUUGGCAAUUAAUUGGUCAUCAACUUUCUUUAGUCCCCCCUCUAUACUUUAUUGGUGACUGAUUCCCCCUUCGUUCUCCCUGAAACUUAUGUGAUCCCCCUAAAAUCCACCCCCCCCCCCCCCCCCCCCAUUAAGGCGAUGAAUAAGGACUAAGGAAUAAUUAGUCAUGCAUUUAUUCAUGCAUUUAUUUGUUUAUGUAUUUACAUCACGGGGUUUGUAUCUGGAAGAGUGGGGUCAAAACAGCACAUCAUCAGAGGAAUAUUCCGUGUCAGGCGAGUGCCGUUUACAGAAAUGCCACUCAACAUACCGCUGUGUCAUACUGUCUAAACUUGUAAAGGUUCUUGAUAAAAUCUUCACUUGUGAUAAGUUAAAAGAUAAAAAUUUGUAUUCGAACAAAUUUGCACACCCAGUGAUGCAGAGGUUAUCCCUGUUUCCAUGUUCCAUGUAGCAUGAAGCGACUGGGAGUAUUAUUGCUCCCCUCUGGCCGGGAUGUUAGUUCAUCGUAAGGUUACCCCCCCCGCAUUUCGUCAGGCUUCCAACAAUUCGCAGGUACCUAUUUCUACUCUUGUGUAGAGUAUUUUUUGGUGAGAGUAAUGUGUUUUGCCCAAGAAAAUAGCACAUUGACCCGGCAAGCUCUCGAGCCCAGACCUCUCAACCAUUAGGCCGCUGUCUUUCCCGGAGAUAGUUGAAGGGAGAGGUACACUGCGUGUAAUCCUGCUGAUAUUUCCCCUUACCCCUUACACUAAGAGAAUAUCUCGAAAGGUUUGGGUUGUGUUUGUCUAUCCAAUCAGUAUUCAUUUGAAUUCCCUUUGUCAAGCUUUAUUUAACUACCCCCCCUCCCUCCCUCCCUCCCCUAAGCAUUUUGCACAAACAUUGAUAAUGUAUUUAAAAUCCUCAACUGAACAAGACACUUCUUUUCCUCAGACGGGCGAGUCCAGCCAUGAAGACUCGUUAGGAACAAGUUCAGGGAAUAAUUUCUAUACCCCUAGAAGUGUUACACCAGUAACUUGCCAGAUACUGGACACAUCCGAUCCACCAUCAGAGUCAAGAGUUGAGGUAAAAAUUUUCUCUCUACCUGUACAAUGUCUUUUGUUCUUGUUUACAUGCAAACAAGGGGACCAGUCGCUGAUUUAUCGCCGGGGGGGGGAGGCUGGAGGAUUUUGGAAGGAUGGCUCGGUUUUCGAGGAAACGGGGGGAAGGGGGUACGGUGGUUGCAAACAGAUUAUAAAGGAGGACUUGAUGCGUGUGUUAUUUCGAGCCCCCCCCCCUCUCCCCCAAACAGUAAGACAGGUAAGUGGAAAAAAUACAUAGGUUACGAAGAGAAAAAUUCGGAGAACUCUGGAAUAGCAGCUUCGAACCUUCCACCUUCAAGCGCCCCAGUCCCAUCAUUCCGCCUAAUGUAACAUAGACAGCAGUUUUGACCCUUAUCAAGCUCAGCAUUGACAGGUAAGAAUUUCAAGUUCAAACCAGACAAGAGUAGAAACACAAACCGCAACAAUAAACUUAUGAGGAGUGCCGAAUCUGUUGUAAACCUAGAUCUAUUAGAAUAUUGAGAUACCUAUAGAUAUUGCUACUCAGUGACUCGCUACAUCUAAUGCUAACAAAAUGUACGUCUCUGUCCGUUAUGUCUCAUUUCAGACAUGUCCUUCGAAUGAAAUCCUUGGAAUACUUACGGAAAGUAUGUCCUCUGUAGUUGCUUCAAGCGGUGUUGGAUCACUUAAGGUAAAUGAAGUACCCCCUCAAAUGGUCUGGACGGUCCUGUGAUAAUCAAGCUUACUUUUGAUUAAUCUAACGGUGGACAGAAUGUGCCUCUGUUUCAAUAAGAAUAUGGCGCUCGAUUAAUCAACUUUCAAUCAGACGGCCAUGAUCUUGUGUCCUCAACAGGCCGUUUUCUAGAGGGUCCAUUGUAUCGAUCACAGUGGUUAGCCAAAAUAUCUUAGCAAGCCAUUGCACUUGUGUGUCGCCGAUCUGAUUGAGCCCUCCGCGUGAACCCGAGGAAGCCAUUCCACUUCUAAUCAGAAAUUAAAUCAAAUUCGAUCAUAAUGUUUAUUAUGAACAAAAAUACAUGAAAAGAAACGACAAAUAAGCUUUCAUAUAAAUAGAAUUAUAAGAACUAGCGAGAUUUAAGCUUACAGUAAAGUUACAGCUAAAGUUACAUCGAAAAAUGCUAAAAUCCUACUCUUAAACUAUCACCCUAGGAAGAUUCCGGUUUUGAUUCCAGAAGAGACGUCCAGUUUCCUAACUUUCCGUCCACGGGGACGAGAAAAGAUAGUUCAGGCAGGGAAGAGUCUGCUCUUGUGUCCAGAGAGGGUGGAUCACUGAAGGUGGAAGGCGUCGAACUGUUUUGGCCUUCUGGAGCUCUUGACGAUCCUGAAACUAUUACGCUUGCAUUGGAAGAUCCCUGCAAGCACUAUAGGCUGAUAUUUCAGAGGGGACUAGAAAACGAUCUCAGUUUUGGCGCAAACGUAAUUAAUUUGCAACCAAAUGGUCUAAAAUUUAACAAAUCUUUGACUUUGAAAAUCACCUUAGACAAAAACAAAGGCCCGUAUAAUGAGUGGCUUGUUCUACACGGCAAACAAGCCACAGAUGGAAACAUUUUUUGGGAAACUAUUACUGAUCAAUCAAGGUUUGACUUGGUAAAUGGGGUAGUUACCACUGAAAUUAAUGGGUUUUCGAUAAUUGCUGUCCUUUUGAGAUCAAUUUGGGUUCAAUUGAAAGAAAUAGUGACGCGGCUCAACAUCAUGUCAUUCAAAUAUACGUUGUCGGUACUGUACAGAAGCAAUCUUGAAAAUUAUCCUUUCGAGGAGGUCGGUCUCGCUUUAAUGAGCCAGGAUGUCUACCAAGAGCGAUAUUACCGAGAGCACGAUGAAUGUGUUCUAGAGAAACUUAAGAGAGAUGGGUUUGAAGAACUUGGAUCUAACGUUCGCGAAGAAACCAACUAUAUUUACAAUGGGGAACGCCUGGUGGUCUCAAUACGGCUUGGUGAAGACUACAAGCUUGCAAACAACCAGCGAGGUAGCAUUGAAAUGACUGUUGAUUCGUCCGUAUGGUGGAGCACUGGGAAGAGCGUUACGUUUCCGUUGCAAAGUUCAUGUACAAAAGCCAAAAUUUUAUGUGGAAAAGUCAAAAUUGAAGGCCAGUAUGGGCAUACCCGCGAGGAUGACUUCUGUCAACUAGGUUAGCUUCAAUCAAAUGUUCUUUUGACAUUUCAUUGGAUAGCAUGUAAAGUUUCUUCGAUUUGUUCGUUCAAUGUUGAUGAUAUGUGAUAAUUUUUUUAUCUAAAAUUAUACUUCAUGUUUAUGAUUCCAAGAGCCGAUGUAUUUUCUCCCGUAACGAAAUGAUUACCUCAUCAUCUUUUCUAUUAUAGAUCUAUCUUGUUACUUGAGACGCCUAUUGGGAGUAGGAGAACUAGCUUUCAACCUUCGACCCAUUCACGAAAGGCUUGAGUUGCCAGCGGAAACGUGGACCCAAGCUGUGUCUCGGUGGCAAAGAGAGGAUAAACAGCUGGAAACUCUUUUGCAGAGAUGGAAAGAGCAGGAAAGGGACGAAACCCGUCCUGCCUUGCUGAAAAGAUCCCUUGAGGGGCUAAGGCCUGAAGGUAGGAUGUUGCAGUAUUUCAAAUACAGAUUUCGUACACUAAGAGCUUGUGAAAUGUGUAAGAUAUUACAAUUCUCUGAUGACAUUUUCAUCCCUCUCAUCAUUCCACAAUAACCUGCAUAAAUAGUUUAAAUGUAUGAAAAAGUAAAAGCAUUGUAUUGUUUUCGGUGGAUAAACACCGGCGUUUUAUGUUUGAGAUUCAAUCAAUGGCCAGCGUAUUAUUUCGAACUUGGUACUGCUAUUAGCUUGGCUCCAAAUAUUUUUAUAAAUCAUUUGAUUUAUUUGCUAGAAUACAGAAUAAACGAGAGAGGGCAAAUGCAUAUCACACAUUUGAGAGAACUGGCGACUUCGAUCCUUGGUCUGAAUCAUGAGGACCGUGACAUGAUGAAAUACUUAGAAAAUGAGAUAAGAAAUUUAUGCAGAUCUAUUCUGAGGGACUGUUGCAUUGAAAUCGCCAAUUCAAAGGAAGAUAUGAAGUGGGCAAGUUCUAUCGAGAACCACACCAAUAUUCUUGUAACCAAGGGAAUUGUUUCCAAUGAGGUUUCCCAGCGAUAUAAGGCAAUGUUUUCAUCUGCUGAAAACGUUGUUAAAGAUAUUUUUCUUUGGCUGGUUCCUCAUCUCGUUCAAGCCGUAAAGGAUAUCUUCCGAGAUGAGAGUAUCCCACUUUCACAAAGUGGAAUGAGAGGACUGGAUGAGGAGACGGUCACUAGAAUUGCGUCAGCGAUUCAAAACGCUGCAAAGGACAAAAAAAUACUAAGUCUUUUCACACAAGUAAGUAAUAUUCUUGAGAAGUUAUGCCAUGAAAAUAAUAACAAUCCAUCACAAAGCACAGAUGAAAAGAUACAGGAGUGGGGAAGGUCUGUCAUGGUUAUUACGAUGCUGGAUUCGUUGGAAGAUAUCUUUGAAACUGCAGGCUCAGAUCCCCGAAGAUUGCGCGAAAGAUUAAGAGUCGCUUCACUCUACCUUAAAGACAUCAUGUUAGAUCCAAAGGCCUACGAAGGAAUUUUCCUUCGGGACUUCCACAAUCUUUCAUUGAGUCUAUUGAAAUUUUCCAAAUUUGAUCCAUCACAGCUUGUGAGAUUUGAAUUGAUUGACCCAAAUGAUUCUUCCAACACUCAAAGUAACGACUUAUUGAAGUACCAAAUGUUCUUGUCGAGAGGAAUGCGCUUUUCGCAGCUAUUCUGGAUCAACAAAGAGUCUGAGGGCGACUUAAAACUUGAAGCAGUUGCACAUGUUCACAUUGACGGACAUCAUCGAAAAAUCGGGGCGUUUGAAUCAACAAUCACAAUACCCCAGGCCUGCAGUGAAGUUAUAGACAAACUUCCAAACGCUUCUCUGCCUGUAGCUGUCGAAAGAAACUAUGGCUUCUGGGGAAAAAUUCGCGUUACUCUUUAUUCGACUCAAAAAGAGAAUGUGAGGAAAGCACUGGAGUAUCUGGAGAGGGAAUUGGGCGAAGAGGUGGUUGACCUGAAGAAAGAGAAGAUUGCAGAAAGUCACCUUAAAUUUCGCAGCUUCGCAAAAGCAGGCACAGUUGUCAAACUGCGUUUGAUCCACGAAUGGGGAUCAGAAACGAUUGGUCUUGAAAGCGAUGAUUUCCUAGCCCUUGCAGACUCGCGUGCAGGAGGUGCCUGCAUGCCUGAUUCAGAAACAGCAGGUUGGUACACGUUCUGGCGUUGACCAACGGUAAUUUGCAUGACUUCUGAUGCAAGAAACCGUAUCUAUUCCAACAAAAUAACUGACAAUUCUUUUACUGUAUCAUAUUAAAUUGACUGAAUCAAUUAACUCUAACUUCGUACAAUUUACUCCAAUAACUGAAUAAUUUGCAAUGGAGAUGACUCCUCAUCACCAUCAAUUUUUCAGCUGAGGCCAAUCAAGUGACGGUUCUACCUGCAGUAGGCGACUCAAGGGCUGACACUUCCGACGGGAGCAACUUUGUUAUGGAUCUAUCGCACUCGGAGGUGAUACAGAGACAUCAAAAAGAGCAGCGAGGGAAGACCGGUGAGACACUUUAGUUUUGCUAACUAAAGAACUAUUCAGACAUCAACCCGGAAGCCCAAAGCCAAACUCGUUAAUCAGAAUUCUUUUACUGAUAUACACUUUCGGGUUUUUUACUUUCUGGUGAUGUUUUCCACUCUUCCUUUCAUAUGCGGUAAAAAUGUAAUGGAUAUGCAGACGGCCGACUUCUAUUCGACAUAAAAUUGUCGUGAUGUUCCAGGCAGUGAGAGAUGUUAGCAUAUCAAGCACUUCUUCCAAUCUUUUGACGUAAAAAAUUGGCGACAGCUUACUAAUGCCAAGUUGUUUCGUAAGCUAUUGGCCGUGAAAAAAUAUUCCCAGUAUCAUGCCAGACGUUUGCGUUUUCAAACCACCUCUUUACUUCUAAGAUUUAGAAGUCCAUCCUCCUCACUUGAAACCAUAAUUUAAUUCCUUCGCUGGAUAUUCCUGAGAAUGUGGUAUGAUCUCGUGACACAGCGUCUUCUAGUUGAAUUUUUUCUUUAUUCCUAUUAACAGUAUGUUUGUAUUAAUCAAUUGUAUGGGGAGCUUAGAUGAUUAACAAUUUUGGGAGUCAAAAGGUAGAACAUCUACGUGGAGAAUGCUACAGUUACAUUUUUAAAUAGCCACUUCUUACUUUCAACUCUUGUUACAGAGAUCCACUAUCACCAGGUUUUUAUGAAAGGUCAUGUUUGCGUGGCGGGAAAGGACACCAGUCUUAAUAUGCAAAUGCCAGCCGCUGCUGAAAGUCAAAGGUAUGUUCAAGUAUUUGUGAUGUUAAUUUAUUCAAGUAAGAAUCCAACCAGGAGACUGGAUCAUAAAUACAGCCCAUGUUUUCACGGCUACUCCUGCUAGGCUAUUGUCAGAUUUCGAAACAAGUGAAUGGAUAACGGAUGAUAUUCACACGUGAACUGCAUAGGUACAAAUUGCGAAAAAAAACUGCGAAAGUAUUCAGGCUUCCAUGAGGUUCAAACCCAAGCCUCCUGAAUACUAGUAGGGUGCUACUACAUUUAAGCCAUUUGUACGAGGCAACAUGGUGGGAGCGACUCAAGUUUAAAUGGGUUCUGUGUUCCUCGUGUUCCAAAAUCUUAAGGAGUUCUAAAUACAACCAAACCUGUAUGGUAACUUUUAUCUUCCUAGACGUUCAUUUAGUGGCUAUUCGUUCCUUACCUAAACAUCCAGGCAACUAGAAUAAGAGAUGUGAAAUUAUUCUUAGGGUGGGGAAGGGGGGCAGACCCCUUGAAUAAAAAAUAAUUCAAGAGGAACUCUCUAAAGAAUAUGGCCUGCGAGAACCAUUCAUUCUAACAGCCUAAUCCUCCCUCCAUUGUCGAUUGCGAUCCUUGGAUGUAGUUAUUUUUAGUUAUUUUAUUGCUUUACGAAAAGCGAGCGCACGUCAAUCAAAAUAAAAUCAUAUGUCCAUGGUAACACUGAUUCUUUCCAGGCGUUUGGAGGCUGGCUCAAGUACUGCUCUACAAAGGAGUUUAACUGCUGCUACAGCUGAUGAACAAGAAGAUUGAGCAUAUGCCGGUUGGUAAACGUAAAAGGAAAGCAUUUGGACACGUUUCUUCUGUACCCAUAUUUACACUGUAUAACAUGAAUGGCUUGUAGCCAUCCGCCGCACGUAGACGAGUAAAUAUUGUUUGGAUAUAGCUACCUCUAAAGCUUUACAUAUCGUAAAUGACAAGUAGCUAAAACUGAGGAAAGACUGGUGCCUUACAAGGUAUCCUGAGAUUAAUUCUAAUGUGAUUGAUGGCUCCUACAAAUCAGUAAGCUUAAAUUUGUAGUAAAGUUUCGCACCAGUUUCCCGCGUGCUUCAUACCUCGAUGAACGCACGCUGACGUAUCAACCAAUUGUUAAUUACAAAGGUUUGAAAGGGAAAGAUCCACGGAUUAGAAAACUUAGCACCCCAGUCUGCAAAUUUUUCAAAAUUGCCAAGCUUUCAAACGGCCCAAGAACUCACACUUGAACACUAGUGGCCUCAAAAUAAAGUAAAAAAACUAAUAGUCUUUGAGUUUCUCC